UAACAGCUUAGAAUCAACUUGCCAACAGCUCACAGGGCACGGUGCAAAGUGCCUCCAUCUACACCAGCCUUCGGUGUUCCGUGCAUUCAACAGCUUCACAAUGUUGCUGCCUCUCCUCUUCCUCAUUUCUGCAUCAUUUCUCAUUCCCGGGGACAGCGAGGUGGUGCAGAGCUUUAAUAAAUGCAGCGGCUUCUUCUUCAAGAAGAAGUUCCCUAGCGAUGCUCUGAAGCCAUUCAACCCAGCCCGGAUUUGCCAGAGAUACCAGAACAAGUAUGUCUUUGCCACGAUGUACGACAGGACCAAACGCAUUCCAAUAUACUCUGCUUAUAUUUACAAUCCCAGACCAGGAGAGAGAGCAGUAGACUGGAUGAUAGAGCCUCAGCUUGCAGAUAGAAGAUACCGUACAAACAUGGAAGAUGAGCGAGAGACAACCAUUCCAGUGGCAGAGAUUAAAGCAAGCCAGGCCACGUUCAAUGACUACGCAGGUGUUCCUUACCCUCUAGACAAAGGCCACUUGAACCCCGUGGUCCAUCAAGCCGAUGAUGUCAGCAAAGCCGCCACGUUCACUUUGACUAACAUUGUGCCGCAGUUCAGCAGACUCAACCAAAGGUCAUGGGCGGAAUAUGAAACGCAAACAAUGGCGACGAAGAAGAAUCAGUUUGGAUGCAAUAAAAUCUACGUCAUCACUGGAGUGGUACCUGGGGAUACUUUCAUCGCAGGAGGCCGGGUCAAUUACCCCAGUCACGUCUGGUCUGCCGCCUGCUGUGAGAUUGAUAAAAACAGAAGGAAGUCCUGGGGGGUCAUUGCAGACAACAACUGGGAUAUACCGCCUGGCGUGAUACCUCCAGUCACAGAGCGCACACUGCGGCAGCUGGAGCAGGACCUCGAAAGGCUGUUUAAAAAGAAGAGAGUGGACCUUUUUAGCAGUUCUUGUUACUAGGCCAAAAGCUGCAAAUCGGCUUUCCCAUCACUGAGUUUUCUGCUGAGAGUUGACCGUGGUAUGCUAGUGAGAGAAAUGAGGCCUGCUGAAGCAACAAUACCUCCGUCAUCUCUGCUCAUGUAUUCUGCAGGGCCUUUUUACUGUCUGCCCCACUGGCAAUGCUGUUCCUAUCAUGCCACUUUCCACUCUUAAAAAUGAUGUGACCUUUCUCCAGCCUGUGUAGCCUGAGAGAGAAGGACGGGGAAGCUUUUUCAAGCUAACUACUGCUUUCACGACAUAUAUUUGUUGAUUUGCAUAAAUUACAGCUAUCUUACAGCACUUGGAAAAAUCCUCUUUCUAAUAUGCUAUCCAAGACCACACAAACCUGGCAACCAUGCCAUGCCUUGUGAUCCAAUCUAAAUGCUG